AUGGGCGCCAGACGGAUCAUCUCAGUUUUCAUGAUUUUAACAGCUCCAACACCUACCCCAACAACAACUGCUCCAAGAACUACAACUGCCACAACAACUGCCCCAACAACAACUGCCCCAACAACAACUGCUCCAACAACAACAACUGCCCCAACAACAACAACUGCUCCAACAACAACUGCUACAACAACUGCCCCAACAACAACAACUGCUCCAACAACAACUGCUACAACAACUGCCCCAACAACAACAACUGCUCCAACAACAACUGCUACAACAACUGCCCCAACAACAACUGCUACAACAACUGGAACAACUGCCCCAAUAACUGCUACAACAACUGCUACAACAACUACAACUGCUACAACAACUGCUCCAACAACAACAACUGCCCCAACAACAACUGCUACAACAACUGCCCCAACAACAACUACAACUGCUACAACACCUGCCCCUACAACAACUUCUCAAACAACUACAACUGCUACAACAACUGCUACAACAACUUCUCCAACAACAACAACUGCUACAACACCUGCCCCAACAACUACAACUUCUCAAACAACUACAACAACUGCUACAACUGCCCCAACAACUACAACUGCUACAACACCUGCCCCAACAACAACUGCUCCAACAACUACAACUGCCCAUACAACUACUACAUCUCCAACAACUACAACUGCCACAACAACUGCCCCAACAACAACAACUUCUCAAACAACUACGAUCGCUACAACAACUUCUACAACAACUGCCCCAACAACAACAACUGCUACAACAACAACAACAACGGACCCGACAACUACAACACCUGCCCCAGCAACAACAACUGUUCCAACAACUACAACUACUACAACAACUGCUCCAACAACAACUAUUACAACAACUGCCCCAACAACAACUACAACAACUGCUCCAACAACUACAACUGCUACAACAACUGCCCCAACAACAACUACAUCUCCAACAACUACAACUGUUACAACAACUGCUCCAACAACUACAACUGCUACAACAACUGCCACAACAACUACUGCUCCAACAACUACAACUGCUGCUACAACAACAACUGCUCCAACAACUACAACUGCUACAACUGCCCCAACAACAACAACUGCUACAACACCUGCCCCAACAACAACUGCUACACCAACUACAACUGCUACAACAACAACUGCUCCAACAACAACUUCUCAAACAACUACAACUUCUACAACACCUGCCCCAACAACAACUGCUCCAACAACUACAACUUGUAAUAGCAUAUACAGAACAACAUUUGGUGCUCGGUUUGAUCGGUGCUUUGUGAAACAGUUCAGGCCUGCGUCCUCAGGGCUACCACGAGUGAAUGGAACCGAAGCAGAAAUGGGGGUCGUGUUCAAUCGGACUACUCCCACUGCAGAUCUGCCACAGAAUACUGUCGUUGUUCAAACCUUAGUAGAAGCGGUUAAUGCUUCCACCAAUAUGUUCAACUUGACCAUAAAUCCAAACACAGUUGAAGUAUUAACAAGUCCAGUUGUAAAUGCAACUACAACUGCCAACUCUACAACUGCUGCACCUACAACCUCCAAUCCUUCAACUGUUGCACCUACAACCUCCAAUCCUUCAACUGCUGCACCUACAACCUCCAAUCCUUCAACUGCUGCACCUACAACCUCCAAUCCUUCAACUGCUGCACCUACAACCUCCAAUCCUUCAACUGCUGCACCUACAACUGCUGCACUCACAACAAGGCGGGUGACUUUCAGGUCUCUUCUAAACACGUUUACGAGUGACUUGCUGGAUACAUCAUCUGCUGCUUUUACAAACCGAGCCUCCAUGAUAAAGGGACAGCUUGAACCUUUGUACCAAAGGGAAUUCCCCUCUUCCUUCAAUUCUUUGGACGUGGUGGCAUUCAGAAAUGGAUCAAUCAUUAACGAAGUGAUUCUUCGCUUCAGAAGCACAUCUGUUCCUAAUAACACUCAGAUUGCGAGUGUUUUGAUCAGUGCAGCUUCAACUGUCACUGGCUUCGACAUCGAAGGCAGCUCCAUCACCGUGGAUGGCAUAUCUUCAAGUGGAGUAAGCCACAAGAUCAGUCUCAUCACUGCAUCCUGCCUGGUGCUGUUGUCAUGGCUACUGUCAAGCCAGCAAUAACUGAUUUCCCUUUGAAAUGCCAUUAGAACAUGACUGCCAUCUCUGGUAUGAAAAAGGACUUCAGCUUUACACUGAUCAGACAAAUUAAUGACUGUGGAUUAGACAUGUCUGUCGAACUGAACACAUUUCUGUGUGGGAACGUCCAGGAUCCUGGACAGAAUGACACAGCCAACUCUAAGUUUCUGGUCCAUUGAAUCAUCACUGGAAUUAUAAGCUCAACAAUAUAAGGACACUAUCUAUUAAACACUGGGAUGUCAGUCAAUAUUUGCACUGUCUCACCAUUAAGGUAUAAAUGUAUCUGCUUCACUGAGCACUGUGCUAUAGCAAUAUUUGUGUAAUUAAUAUUUAACUAAGUGACAAUUACUAAUGCUGUCUUAUGUAAACCUUACUGUGGUCUCCAAAUGCAUGUAAAAUUAAUAUUUAGGUUUAUGUCUUAAAUUAAAUGAAGGAACACAUGCAGGUCAUAGUGGGCCCCACACUCCAACCCUAUAUAGAUUUAUCAAGGGUCAUGGUGUACAUGAUAUGUCAAAACUGUCACUUGUCUUAAAUAAAAAAUGUAUUUAUGUAA